AUGUUGCGCUCGGCGCCGCCAGGCCGCUACCUGUACCCCGAAGUGAGCCCGCUGUCGGAGGAUGAAGACCGCGGCAGCGAGAGCUCGGGCUCGGACGAAAAGCCCUGCCGCGUGCACGCUGCGCGCUGCAGCUUGCAGGGCGCUAGGCGGCGGGCCGGGGGCAGGCGAGCCGGGGCUGGCGGGGGACCUGGGGGUCGGCCAGGCCGCGAACCCCGGCAGCGACACACAGCAAACGCGCGCGAGCGGGACCGAACCAACAGCGUGAACACGGCCUUCACGGCACUGCGCACGCUCAUCCCCACGGAGCCAGCGGACCGCAAGCUCUCCAAGAUUGAGACGCUCCGCCUGGCUUCCAGCUACAUUUCGCACCUGGGCAACGUGCUGUUGAUGGGCGAGGCCUGCGGCGACGGGCAGCCAUGCCAUGCGGGGCCCGCCUUCUUCCACGCAGCUCGCGCGGGCAGCCCCCCACCGCCACCCCCAUCACGCGAUGGCGAGAACGCACAACCCAAGCAGAUCUGCACCUUCUGUCUCAGCAACCAGAGGAAGCUGAGCAAAGACCGAGACAGAAAGACUGCGAUUCGAAGUUAGGAGGAGGGCCCAAGCAGCCAAGAGGCGGAUGCCACUAGGGACGGUGGAUGCCACUGGGACCCAUACAGAACCCCACCUCGAACAUGACCUGUGCACAGGCCCUCAGAGAGCAUGCCCACUGGGCCAGACCCGCCCCUGGCUGUGAGCAGGGCCAAAGGACAGACAGAUGAAGAAACAGAGGAACAGUCAAGGCAAAGGCUUGACUCUGAAUAGCUGAGCACUUGCCUAAGCCCACCGGAACUUUCCAUGCUAGCUCCCUAACUGGGCUAAGAGUUGGCAUUUUGUGUCUUUGAUAUAAUAUAAAGUCUGGAAAUUUUGGAUAAUUAAAAAUGGAACAGUAUCUUUCAAA